AUGGUUGCUCUGUCGUCGGGUAUACAGGGGGAGGCACCCUGGUGUAUGCUUUUCGCUGAUGACAUUGUGCUUGUGGGUGAAGACGGAUUCGAGGUACAGAGCAGACUUGAGGAAUGGCGGUGGAAACUGGAGAAUGUUGGCCUGAAAAUCAGCAGAUCUAAACAUAUGUUCUGCGAUUUCGGCGGUCUCUCCGGUUUCGCUGCCAUAGACCUCGAUGGCGUUACAUUGCCGGUCUGCUCCGACUUCAAGUACCUCGGUUCGCUCGUGCAGUGCAAUGGCGAUAUUGACCGUGACAUGAAAAACCGGAUUAACACAGGAUGGGUGAAAUGGCGACAGGUCACGGGAACAAUUUGUGACGCCCGGAUGCCCUCCGCCCUGCGCUCCGACUGA